AUGAACGAACAACAUCGGCAAGGACAUAUGUUCGAUAACAGUACAAAGUUAUUUACUUUAAUCACGUCAUCAACAACUCCAUCGUCACCAGUUCGUACACGUAGUGUUAUCAAUGCUAUUUAUAUCGCAGGAAUUGUUUUUAUGAUAAUCGUUUUUCUUCUGUUACUUUGGAUUAAUUUAUGCAGUCGACGAUGUUGGUGCUGGCAUGAUACACCAUUAACUAAUCGAUUUAAUCGUCGAUGGCUGAUUAAAAAUUCAAUCGUGAGAAAUACUGAUAUACCAUCAAGAGAAAAUCCUCAACAACGAAGAUUAUCUGGCAAUGAUUAA